CAAGAACAUGAUACAUGCAGUCAAGAAAGUAUUUCAGAGGUGUGUUAUUCUAUAAAAGUCUUGUUUAUUUAGAUUUAUAAGAACAGAUCAGAAUAUUAGGAAGGAGAGACCAGAUCAUGGCAACUUCAGUGAUGAAUUCAGUGCCGCUGAGUCUGAAACCUAGCUUCGCAGUCGAAAAAACAGCAGUGAGAGGUGUUCCUUCACUUGCAAGGACUUGUAACUUGACGAUCAAGGCCAGUAAGGUUAAAAAGAUCAAAACUGACAGCCCUUAUGGAAUUAAUGGUGGCAUGAGCUUGAAGGAAGGCAAAGAUGCCUCUGGAAGGAAAGCAAAGGGAAAGGGUGUGUACCAAUUUGCAGACAAAUAUGGUGCUAAUGUCGACGGAUACAGUCCAAUUUACAACCCAGAUGAGUGGUCUCCAUCAGGCGAUCGUUAUGCUGCAGGUACUACUGGGUUGUUGAUAUGGGCCGUGACUCUAGCUGGGAUUCUUGGAGGGGGAGCACUCCUUGUUUAUAGUACCAGUGCUUUGGCCAGUUGAAAACAUAUAGGCUAAUAUCACUAUUAUAGCUCCAUGCAUGUACCAAACUUGUAUCUAAUUUUGUGACAAGUAAUUUUCUACUGAAUAACCAAA